AUGUAUGUGGGCUAUCUUUUGGAUAAGGACACUAACAUGUACCCUAACCCGGUCAGGCACCCCAGCCUGAACCUCAAUCCCCAGAACUACGUGCCUGCGCCCCCUCAAUAUUCGGAUUUUGCCAGCUACCACCACGUGCCAGGGAUUAACAGUGACCCACACCAUGGGCAACCUGCGGGCGCCUGGGGCUCGCCAUACACACCCACCAAGGAGGACUGGCAUUCGUACGGGCCUGGAGCCGCUUCUUCCGUCGCUAACCCGGGGCAGCUUGGAUUCAGCCCCACUGAUUUUAAUCCAAUUCAGCCUCCAGGCUCUGGACUCCUACCUCCACCCAUCAACAGCUCAGUGGCCCAGCUCUCCCCCAAUGCGCAAAGGCGCACCCCCUAUGAGUGGAUGAGGCGCAGCGUUCCAACCAGCAGCAGCAGUGGUGGUGGGGUGGGGUGGGGCAAGACCAGAACGAAAGACAAGUACCGGGUGGUGUAUACGGACCACCAGCGCCUGGAGCUGGAGAAGGAGUUCCACUACAGCCGCUACAUCACCAUCCGGCGGAAAGCGGAGCUGGCGGCAACGCUCGGGCUCACCGAACGGCAGGUGAAAAUCUGGUUCCAGAACCGGAGAGCCAAGGAGAGGAAGGUGAACAAGAAGAAGAUGCAGCAGCAGACGCAACCCACAAGCACCACCACUCCCACCCCGCCGGCUGUUGGCACCCCGGGUCCCAUCGGCGGCAUCUGCAGCAGCACCACCAACCUGGUCUCCUCUUCCCCAAUGACUAUCAAAGAAGAAUUCAUGCCUUAA